AUGUUGGUACGGAUACGAAGAUGCUUACACUAUACGCGGAUCAUAAAGCAAGCAACAGAAGAUGCAACUCAAACAGCGCACACACCCAAUCAAAACUAUGUAUUCCACAGCUCUUUCCCCAGACUCAAUGAAAACCAAUCAAUCUUGACCCAGACCGUUGAAAAUCGAAAAAACAAAGAGCAAAAGAUGAGAAUUCACCAGAUUCUAGAAAACCCACCCGAUGCAGCAGAACCGACAAAGCUGGAACUAGACCAAGUUGACCCCCCAGCUGAGAAAAUCAAGCCGCCGGAACCCAAGAAUUUGAUAAGCAUAGCUGAUUAUUUCUCGGGCAACUCUCAUCAUUUGCACCAUGUUUUCUACUCGAGUCUCGUUGCAGCUAAAGCACGCCGCGCUCAAAAGGUUGAAAAGAAAAAAUUCAUCGAUUUGGCCAUCAUCAAGGUCACCACAGGUGCCGGUGGCAAUGGAAGCGUCUCGUUUUUCAAAGACAAUAUGAAAGCGCAAGGUCCCGCGGAUGGAGGCGACGGUGGGUCCGGAGGUGACGUCUACAUCAACGUUGUUGACCGCGGCACCAACUCGCUACAUAGCUUGAACAAACGAUACGUGGCGAUGAAUGGUACCCCUGGUAGAGCCGGCCAGUUGGACGGCAAAAGUGGCGCUGAUGUCACGAUUGAUAUACCGUUGGGCACGGUGAUUCGAUGGAUACCGGAUCCGCAGAUGUUCAAGCAGUAUGCCAAUAGUAAAGAGGGCGAUUCCAUGGAUGAUGUGUAUAUCGAGUUGAAGAUGCAAGAGGACUCGAUGGGGCUAUUUGAUGAUUUGAGCCAGAUCCAAUUGCAGCGGAACAGUUACGCCAAGGGAGAAGGGUGGAUUUUCAAAGAGAGGGGAUCUGAAUAUUAUCGAGAACAGCAGUACUUUAACCAGUUGAAUAAAAAAGUCACCAAAUAUGAUAAGGAGAUGGAUUAUGAAGAGAAGCAGCUGGAUCUUUUUCCCAUCUUUGGGAUCGAUUGCGAUCACGUUACUGAAAAACCGAUUCUUUUCCUACGUGGUGGACGUGGUGGAUUGGGCAACAUGCAUUUCACAACCUCCGAUAUCCGCAAUCCGCGAUUUUGCAAAAUUGGCAGGGAGGGCAUAACUGCGCAUUUCCUCCUUGAGUUAAAGUUGAUUGCAGAUUUGGGGUUGGUGGGCUUGCCCAACGCGGGCAAGUCGAGUCUAUUGCGUGCGAUAUCCAAGGCCAGGCCGCGAGUCGGGCACUGGGAGUUCACCACGUUGCAGCCGACGAUUGGAACCAUCCAGCAUCGGAUCGACGCCGAGCCAUUCACGGUGGCCGACAUCCCGGGGAUCAUCAAGGGCGCCUCUGAAAACAAAGGCAUGGGUCUCGAUUUUCUUCGCCACAUUGAAAGAUCGGGCGGGUUGGUGUUUGUAGUGAGUUUGGAGUCGGCUGACCCGCCCCGGGAUCUUCAAGUGUUGAUAGAUGAAGUUGGCCCAAAGAGAAUGAAGGAUAAGAAAGUGCUUAUUGUUGCUACCAAGGCUGACUUGAGCAACGAGGGCGACAAUUACCAAGUGUUGAGAGAUUAUGUUGAGACACGCUAUCCCGGAUGGAAGAUUUUACCGGUAUGUGCACCUGAAGGUGCCAACAUUGAAGCAUGUUUGGAGUUGAUGUAUGAGAUUGCAAAGAAAUAA